AGUAUUUUGGUAGAUUGAUACUUGUCUCAGAGUAAUAAACAUGAAGCUCCAAAUACUUUCAGCUGUUCUAUUACUUCUUCAAGUGACAAGUACACUUUGUUUUGUCAGAAUUCGACGUAUGGAAUCAGACGUGCGACUAGAACAUUUUACUGAGUGUAAAAAACAACUUGGAGUAUCAGAUGAAAUUAUCAGAACUACCGAGAAUUAUUGGCAGGCCGAAAAGUUGAAGUGCUUGAUGGCUUGUAUGUUUGAGAAAGACGGACUUUGGGGUGCCGAUAGAAAGUUUAAUAUAGACCAAUUCAUGGAAGAAUUUGCAGAAGACACUGAGCUUGAAUCUAAGAAAGCAGCAGCAUUAAAAGAAAUUUGCUUUGAAGAAGCUAAAGUACACGACGAAUAUUGCGAUUUUGCUAACACUCUCUUUAAAUGCUGUAUCGAGACAUACGAAAAUUUCGAAGCCAAGGAACGCAAGGAGUCAAAGAAAGCAUCAUAAAUAUAUUCCAGUUUCCAAAACCAGAAGAGAAUUUCGUUUGGAAGUUGAAUUAUUUAGAAUAAUUUAAGAAAUUAUAAUGCAAGGGUAAUGUGAAUUCUUACAGGUAUACACAAUUUGGUUUUUCUAAUAUUUUAUAUGUGUAGAGGUAAACUAAGAUAAAUACAUACAAUCUAUAGCGCAAAUAAAUAAUUGAAUCAGUUCACUGUAAUGAGUAUAACUAUCAGGUAUAGUUCUAGUUUGAAACGAAUUAGACUUACUCUGUUAGAAACCACGCCCACGCAUUGUAAAACUUACAAUUGAUCAGCUGCUCUCCUAUUGUAUUCGAAAAGCUCUAUACCAGGUAUAAAUAGGACACUAUUAGUCGAAAGUAUUACAGAUAAUAAAUUAUAAACGGAUU